CCUCUUUGGCAUAAACCAACAAUGUAUUUAAAUUGAAUUGGGUUUGCUUCUGCAGAAAAAAAGGAACACAAAGAUGGAAGAUAGUUUCAGAGUGCGAGCUGAGAAAGCCUUCGGUUCUCUUCCUAUACCUUGUUCUUCUUCUUCCUCUCUCUGGUCUCUAACCGAUGACGAGAUCAAAACCACACCCUCCACCACCACUCGCACCCGCAAACCCGAACCCGAACAACCCAAACCCUACUUCUUCUCCUCCGCCGCCGCCUCUUCCUCUUCCGGCUUCGGCGCUGAGCUGGAAGACGAGCUCCAAGAUCUCGACGAUGAUGUUGAUGAUGAUGAGGACAAGCCGGUUCGGCGUGAACCCACUAAGCCUUCCGAUUACGAUGAUGAACAGUGGGAAAUUAGGUCUGGGAUUGGCCUCGAUUCUACCCUUGAUUUCGAGGAAGAGGAAGAUCAAUAUGACAAACAGGCUGUUGGAAAUGAAAACUCGGGGGAUCGGGUGUAUAUGAAGGAUAUAACUGAUGAUAGAGUUGAGAUCAGUCCUUGCGAUCGGGUGUAUAUGAGGGAUAUGACUGAUGAUGGAGUUGAGAUUAGUUCUUGUGGUGUACUUCCAACUAAGUUCAGAGAAUUCGAGAGAGACCUGCGAGCAAAUCACAUGGCUGCAAGGAUUAGGCUGAAGCAGGAUGAAGAAGCAACUAAAGAAAUCGGUGCUUUGCAUGUCUCUGAGAAAUCUCCACCAGAUAUUAGUGGUGGUGGUGGUGGUGGUGGUGAUGCUGUUAACCCCAAGUCAAUUUUGAAGAGUAGAGAAAAUCCCUCUGAGCCUAAGCCCCAGAAACGUGUUCGGUUCGAUUCUGAAUGUGAUGGUAAAGGUGAUGAUGAAGAGAAUGAAGGAACCAGGGAUGUUCGCAGAAAGACCACUUCAAUGGAAGAAGAGGAGGUUGAGGCUUUAAAUCAGCCAUCAAAGGCACAAGAAUUUGCUUCGGCCGUCCCGGAUUAUAUUCGUAAUCCUUCAAGAUACACUCAUUAUACUUUUGAUUCUGCAAGUGACAUGGAUGACAAAGCAAAUAAGGAAGCAUAUAUGGGCUUCCUUGCGCAGAUGAAGGGAACUGGAUCACAGGCAGAUGAUGCUUUGGAUGAUCUUCCAUCAGUUACCUUUAUAUCGAAAAAGAAAUCUAGUGAUGUCACUAUGGUUGAGAAUGAGAUGGUAUCAAGGCAAAAGCUUGAUGUUGGCAAGGAAUCCAUGAAUAAAAAAGCCUUCCCUGUAAGCAUAGCUGCUGCGGGUGACAAUGAAAACAGUGAUGUUUGUGCAAUGGAGGAGGAUGAACCAGAAGUCAUGGAGGAUGCUAAAAAGAGUUCGCAGAGGUUGAACAACCGCAAGUAUAGGAAGAAACCCCAGGAGUUGGAGGAGCAUGUUGUGUAACCACAGAAUGAGUUCCUAGACUUGCAUAAUUUACCAAUUUCAGACUUCUGACUAGUGUAUUUUUUUGUACCUUUUGGGUUAAUCACAGGUUAGUGCGCCCUUUCAUAAAUUUGGGGAACCUAAUCAAUAUCAUCUGGGUAAGUGAUUAGUUUCUGUAACUCCUGUAGGUGUAAACUUUCAAACAAGUUCUUGAGAUUAAGACAUAUUAAGGCCUAGUUUGGAAGAGCU